CUCAUCCGAAAACGCGCGUCUUUGCGGUGGAGGAGGGCAGGCGGGUCCCCGUCUCCAUCGCCACCACGUGAUGGAAGUCGCCAUGGUCAAAACUGAGUCAGCAAUCGCAUUGAAGAACCGCCACUUACCAUGUCCCAUCGAUGGAGACUUCUCCUCCUUCCACCUCCGCUUCCACUGCCCUAUAAAAACCACACGAGAUGGGUCAACCGCAAAGCAUCGACGAGCCGCCCAGCUUCAAGUAAGUGUUCGUCGACGAUGGCAGUCCCUCCCCUGAUCCCCCUGCUCACCCUCGCUUCCGUCUUUCCCUUCCUCGCAAUCCCUUCCUCCGCCAACGACAGCAACGUUCUUCUCACCGGCGACGUCCUCGGCGCCGACGAGCAGCUCUCCUACGGUGCCGCCACCUUCGUCAUGCAACGUGACUGCAACCUCGUCCACUACGUCGAAGGCCGCCGCGUUUUCCAGUCCUACACACGCGGCCAUGGCGUCAACCGCACCCUCUCGCUUACCGACUGCGGCCAGCUCGUCAUCACCAGCUCCCUCGGCAGCUCCAUCGUGUGGCGCUCCCCGUUCCUCCGCGGGGCCAACAGGGGGAAGUACGCGGCAGUGCUCCGACCCGACGGCGUGGUGGCCAUCUACGGCCCCGCCGUGUGGUCGACCCCCGACUACGGCUUCGGCGCCGCCCUCGUCCACGAGGGGUGGACGCACGCCCUUCCCGCGGCGAAGAACGUGCUGUUCUCGUCAGAGAUGCUUUACGAGAACGCCAAGCUGGUGACCAGGGAUUACAGCCUCCUCAUGAAGGAUGACUGCAACCUGGUCCUCGUGAAGGCCUCGGUCGGCGUCAUUUGGCAGUCGGGGACGGCGGGCCGAGGCCUCCUCCACUGCUUCCUCCGGAUUGAUCACAGAGGGCAGCUCGCCGUCGCGAGUGACGAUUACUACAAGAACUUGUGGAGCAGCAACAACGCCUCGAGCAUCGGAGACUAUGCGCUUCUUCUCCAGAUCAAUGGACAAGCUGUUGUCUAUGGACCAACGGUGUGGCUGAUCACUUCCUCCCCAAAGAGCCUCCUCGACACCACCUCUUCGUCCCCAGAGCCACCCAUCGCCACCUGA